CAUUUCGUUUGGUUUCAUUCAGAAUAGAUGAAAAUUAUGAUUUUUUGAUUCCAUUUUAUUUCGUAUGCGAUAUAAAGCAAGUUGAAACGACACUGCAAAGAAGAAAUUGCGGAGUAGAAGUAAAACAAGAGCGAAGGAAAAAAAAUCGAACAUAAAAUUAAAUGAAAGCAAUCAAUUGAAUAUCUUUAUUUAAAACCCACAAAGUUGUAUGUAUAUUCAAAGUCGGAAACUAAAUACAUACAUACGAGUAUAAAAGUAGUUAAAAAAUUACCGCUAACAAAAUCAAAAAUUAUUUACUUAGCAACUCAAUUCAUAAAGUGCUUUAAAACCGAAGUUUGUGCAAUAUGUCGGAAGUAGAAGCCACCAACACCUCCUCUAGCGCUGAGGAGAAGCAGGAGCCAAAGACCGUCACUCAAACGGUCGACGAUGAUGAGGAAAUGAAGGAGGAGGUUUCUGCCGAGACGGAGAAAAUGGUUACCGAGGCCAUCGAUGAGGACGGCGAUGUGGUCGAAGAGACCACAGAGGUGACCCGUAAGACCAUUAAGCGUACCAUGAAAAUUACUGAGGCGCGUAUGCUAACACCAGGCGCCUAA